GCUGGAGGUGAUGCAGCGCAUCGAGCUGCCCGUCUCGCCGCCCGCCUUCGGCACUGACAGCAACCUGCUCAACCUGCAGCGCGCGCUGCUCUCCGGCUACUUCCUCCAGGUGGCCCGGGACAUCGACGGCUCUGGCAACUACGUGAUGCUGACGCACAAGCACGUGGCCCAUCUGUCCCCCAGCUGCUGCUACCGGCUGCGGCGGCCGCCCCCGCGCCCGCCCCCCUGGGUGCUCUACCACGAGUUCACCAUCUCGCAGGACAACUGCCUGCGCGUCGUCUCCGAGAUCCAGCCCCAGAUGCUGGUGGAGCUGGCGCCCCAGUACUACCUGAGCAACCUGCCGCCCAGCGAGAGCCGUGACCUGCUGGCCCAGCUGCGGCACGAGGUGGCCGCCCCGCAGGAGGAGGCGCCCGCGGGGCCGGCGCCGCAGGAGGCGCCCGCCGAGGAGGACGAGGAGAGGGAGGUCUGCGCCGUGCAAGGAUCCCACCCGGCCCUGCUCCCAUCCCGCAACGUGAUCCCGCAGCCAUCCCGGACUGAGGCUGCUCUGCCCUCGCAGUCCUGUGGCCUGGACGCAGCUGUUCAUUUAGGGGACCUGAACCAGGACGUGGAGUUGCAAUGCAACACCUCAGAGCAGCAGGUGACCUGGAAGCUGAAUGACGAUGAGGAGCCCAUGGUAGAGCUUGAGGCCGAGGGAAAAGCUCUCAGAAUCCUGGGCCUGGACCUGCCGGCUGCUGGCAACUACAGCUGCUGGGCCGGCUCCGUGCUGCUGGACUCCAUCUACGUGGUGGUCAGGAACGCCUGGCAGCCGAGCAUCAACGUCUCGUGCCAGGCUGAGUCCUACCGCGGCUCCUUCCGCUGCUCCUGGAGGGCUCCUCCUUUCACCAUCUUCCGCGCCCGCCUCACACGCAGGUGGGUGCUGGGACCCUUGUGA